UCGGAAAGUUGUCCAACAUUGCUUUUCCUUUUAAUUUUUUGUUCCCUUCUCACAGCCCUUUGCUGCGUUCUUCAGUGAACCAUUUUGGGUCUCAACAGAAGGAGGACAAGACAAUAGCAUUCAAAUUUUUCUGCUUUUUCUUUUGAUCUUACCUUUUUUUUUUUGUUUCCUUUUUGUUUUCUAUAUCUAUAGUUUGAUUUCAAUGUGAAUUGUGUGUUUUAAGCUGAGUUCUAUUCUAUCAUUCUAUGACAUGCUUUUAAAUCUUUUAUAUAUAGUAUGUCUCAAAGUGAUAAUGAAGUAAUGGUAUUUAGAGGCCACAAGCUCAACUUGUGACUUGACCCUCAUGUUUAUGUGCAGGUUUUGAGAAGUUAAUCACAUAUUCUUGAGCUAAGAUGGAUAAAUCAUCAAACUUUGAUGAAAACUCUGAUGUGGGGGGCUAUCACCCUUCACCUUCCAAUACUCCUGCUUUUUCCACAAUGAGUGGUGAUUCUUUUGCGUGCUGCCAAACUUGGACAAGCUCAGAAUCUGAGACUAUAGAUGAGAGCAGCUAUGCCAGUGAACCUUCACCAUCUCGGUGGAGGGCUAAACAAGAUGUUCUUUCAAAGCUAGGAAUGAAGCUUCGCAAGCAUUCAAUGGAUGAUAAACUUGAUGCCUGUGAGGAUUCAGCCGAGCUUGAAAUGAUGAAGGAAAGAUUUGCAAAGCUUCUGCUGGGCGAAGACAUGUCUGGUAGUGGGAAAGGUGUUUGCACUGCUGUUACAAUCUCAAAUGCCAUUACCAAUCUCUAUGCAACUGUAUUUGGACAAAGUUUAAAGUUGGAGCCACUAAAGCCAGAGAAGAAGGCUAUGUGGAAAAGGGAAAUGAAGGUUCUUCUAUCAGUGUGUGAUUACAUCCAAGAAUUUGCUCCAACAGCACAAUAUUUAGAAGAUGGCACAAUUGUGGAGAUGAUGAAAAGCAGGCCAAGGUCAGACAUCUAUAUCAACCUCCCUGCUCUCCAGAAGCUUGACACAAUGCUCAUAGAAAUAUUGGACACUUUCCAGGAUACUGAAUUUUGGUAUGCAGAGAACAUACCAGGGAAUUCAAGUCGUUUACGUGGUGGAACCUCUUUUCGAAAAGUUGUUCCAAGGAAAGAUGAGAAGUGGUGGCUGCCAGUUCCUUGUGUUCUUCCUGGUGGUCUCUCUGACAAGUCAAGAAAGCACCUGAUUGAGAAAAGGGAUUGUGCUAAUCAAAUUCAUAAAGCAGCAAUGGCAAUAAACAGCAAUGUUCUUGCAGAACUAGAUAUACCAGAAACAUAUAUAGAUAAUCUUCCCAAGCUGAAAUUCUAUUGCCAAGUGAUUGAGGAUUCAAUUAAAUGUGACCCCAUAAAGCAAAUGUCUUGGAAUUUUUCAUCAAAUUUCAUAAGCCUUUUAUGGAAGCCAAUAAUAGCAGCUGAGACUUGUAGGAAACGGGAUGAUAUAGUUUCAUUUAAGAGUGGAAGAUCAAGUCUAGGGGACUCAAUUUACCACUACAUGUACAAUGCAGACAAGUUCUCACCUGAACAACUUCUUGACUGUCUCAAAAUAAGUUCUGAACAUGAAGCACUUGAGCUAGCAGACAGGGUUGAAUCAUCAAUGUACACGUGGAGACGCAAAGCUUGUCUGAGCCAUUCGAAGUCAUCAUGGAGCAAAGUAAAGGAUCUCAUGGACGACACAGACUAUAAGGACAAAAACUACACAUUAGCUGAGAGAGCUGAGUCCUUAUUGUUUUGCCUGAAGCAAAGAUAUCCUGAACUUUCACAAACUUCUUUGGAUACAUGCAAGAUCCAAUACAACCGGGAUAUAGGGAAAGCAGUACUAGAGAGUUAUUCAAGAGUUUUGGAGGGCCUAGCUUUUAACAUUGUUGCAUGGAUUGAAGAUGUUCUUUAUGUAGAUAAAACAAUGAGGAAUCGAGAUGUCUAGAACCACAACUUGGUUUUACAACCGCAUCCUAACACUUGUUUUCCUUCCAACAAUCUUUGUGGUAAACUAUAUCUUUGGUAGAAUGUAGACAGAUAGUAGAUGAUUGAUUGUAUGAAAAAUAUAUGCACUUGUAUCUGUGUGAAUUAUAGUUGUUAAAUGUACUAAAGUAAAAAAAACAGUUUUCACAUUCUUUAAGCGUGAUUUAUAGC